CAACACUCUCACGCAGGAACACCAUCUGGCGACUAGCCAGUGCGUGCCUCAUGAACUUCGGCAACGGAAUGAACGACAGUGCGCCCGGUGCCCUAAUUCCGUAUAUUGAGGAAGACUACGAAAUUGGCUACGCCGUUAUCUGAAGAUAUCCUCUAUUGAUUGGCUUGGGGGCUUCUGCUCUCACAUAGGUGGACUAGAAGUAAAACCUCUACCCAGUACCCAUGUACCAAAUAUACAUCCCCCCUUUUACCCCCGCUGUUGUCACGUGCUUUCGGCAGUAACACUCUUAUACUCCGCACUCCUCAUCCGUCAUUCGGUGUCAUUUCUCUUCGUUCAAAUCAACCCUUUCUCGUCCCACUCCAUCAUGUUCUACAGUCCACAUUUCUUAGCCAUUUGCCUCUACACCUUUCCAACAUCAUCAUGCCUUCGCGUUGGUUUGCUCGCAGUGAGAUCGAACCCGGAACCAUCAUACAGCUGAAAAGACACCAAUGGGUUAUUCUCCAGACGCUAAACGAACACGAAUUCCAGACCCUCCCAGAGGAUUUGCGGGGCAGUCCUGAGUCAUCUGUGACCUGCACUCUCCUGCGUUGCGAGAGAGUUGGGCCAGAUCAUCCAGUCCAGGGCUAUAUGCGAAUCUACAAACAGAUUCCCAUCGCGGGGACUGAAGCUGAGCCCGUCAGUACACGAGCCCAACAAGCAGGAUCCUGUUGCCCGCUCGAGCUAGAGGCACUCCGUGUUUUGACACGGAAGCAGAAACAGUUGCCUAUUACCCCACGCCUACUGGACACUAAAGAAGACAAGCAAGACGACACUGGCUUUGUUCCCGGCGGAUUUAUUACCUGGCUUGUCUGGGAAGUGGUACCAGGGAUUCGCCUCGGCAAUCCUUGCGGCGCCGCAGCAUUCUGGGCCCUGGAUAUUAGCGAGCGAGAUGCUAUCCGUGAGGCUUUCAGAGAAGGCAUUAUGAAACUCUACCGGUGGGGGUACUACCCUCUUCAUGGCAAUGGUCGAAACCUCGUGUGGGACGCUGAAACAUCCACUCUCUAUUUUGUCGGAUUCUUUUUGGCCGGCAAGUUUAACACAAGGCCGGUCUGGUCUCCAGGAAAAUGGGCUGCUUGGGGCCUUGCUAGAGCCCCCGACAACUGCCACUACUAUCUACCCACUUGGGACAGAUCUACGGAGGGUUGGGAGUGGUAAAUCAAUCUUGUUGUUAGGGUUGUUCAGGAGACUGCUCAUAUUAAAACCAUACUUUCCUGCAAGCGAUGGGUGGCCCCUUAUCAUAGCUCAAAUACCACAUACAUUGGC